AUGGGUACAGGAAAGAAGGAGGCCGCUCGUAAAGAGCGGCAGGGUAAGGGCAACGAUGGCAUGGCCAAUGUCAAGACCAAAGGUGAAAAUUUCUACCGUGAUGCCAAGAAAAUCAAGACCUUGAACAUGUUCAAGGAUGGCAAGGCACGCCGCAAUGCUCAGGGUGAAAUCACAGUCGCUGCGAGUUAUCAAUCCAGAGACAAGCCAACUGCCCGUAUUGAGCCACACCGUAAAUGGUUCGCCAACUCCCGAGUCAUCUCGCAAGAGGCUUUGACUUCUUUCAGGGAUGCCGUUGCUGAGCGUGCUGCCGACCCGUACCAAGUUCUUCUCAAGACCAACAAGCUCCCCAUGAGCUUGAUUCGGGACAAUGACAAGGUCAAUGGCCUGAAGCAACAUCAGGCUAAGAUGGCCAUUGAGACAUCUCCUUUCAAUGAUACCUUCGGCCCCAAGGCGCAGCGCAAGCGUGUCAAGCUUGGUGUGUCUACUCUGGAAGACCUUGCUGGCGAGACAGCCAAGAUGCAGGACACCUACAUUGAGAAGCAUGACGAAGGAACUCACGCUGAUGGAAGUGCCAUCAUCCGUGGUGAUGACACUGCCGCAGCUGAAGAUUUGGGUCUCCUGACUACAUCUCGUGAAUCUGUCUUCUCAAAGGGACAGAGUAAGCGUAUCUGGAACGAGCUUUACAAGGUCAUUGACUCUUCCGAUGUCAUCAUCCACGUUCUGGAUUCUCGUGAUCCUGAAGGUACUCGUUGCAGGAGUGUUGAGAAAUACAUUCGCGAGGAGGCACCACACAAGCACUUGAUCUUCGUUCUGAACAAGUGUGAUCUCGUUCCCACCAGCGUUGCUGCCGCUUGGGUUCGUCAUCUUUCCAAGGACUAUCCUACUCUUGCCUUCCAUGCCAACAUCAACAACUCCUUCGGCAAGGGCUCUUUGAUCUCGCUGCUCCGUCAGUUCUCCUCGCUUCACUCCGACCGCAAGCAGGUCUCAGUUGGCUUGAUCGGCUACCCCAACUCGGGCAAGUCUUCCAUCAUCAACACCCUCCGUAACAAGAAGGUGUGCACGGUCGCUCCCAUCCCCGGUGAGACCAAGGUGUGGCAGUACAUCACUCUGAUGAAGAGAAUCUACCUCAUCGAUUGCCCCGGUGUUGUCCCACCCAACCAGAACGACACCGAGGAGGACAUCCUUCUUCGUGGUGUCUGCCGUGUUGAGAACGUCCACAACCCGGAGCAGUACAUCCCGGCUGUUCUCCGCCGUGUCUUGCCCCGUCAUCUUGAGCGCACCUAUGGUAUCAAGCACCAGGAGAACUACCUAGACUGGCUUGCGCUUCUUGCCCGCCAGGGCGGUCGUCUCCUCAAGGGAGGCGAGGCUGAUUUGGACGGUGUCGCCAAGAUGGUCAUUAACGAUUUCCUCCGCGGAAAGAUCCCUUGGUACACACCUCCUCCCAAGGCCCAGGGCAAAGAUGACAAGUCCGAGAAGAGCGAAGAGCCCGUCGAAGGUGUGGAGGGCCGUGAAGGCCGCCUCGGCGAGAUGCCCCGCAAGCGCAAGUUGGAUGAAAACAACGAGCCUGCUGUCAAGAAGGCCGAGGCUGACGCCGAAGCCUCUGAGGAGGAAGACUCCAUCGACCCUGAGGUCAGUGAUGAUGAUUCCAUCGCCAACCUUGAGGUUAGUGACGAGGAGAGUGACGCGGAGUGA